AUGUCCAAUUCAGCGGUCCGCCGUUUUUUCAAGCGGAUCGAGAUCCCUCGUGAGGAUGAUGCGCCAACGUCCGCAUACAUGAACCGCGAUACAAGACCUCUACCUCCUGAUCGACGCACGUAUGGUCCCUGGACCUUCGUCGGCCUCUGGGUUGUGACCGGCUCCUUUAACAUCGGCGGCUGGUCGACCGGAUCGUCCUUGAUUUCCCUCGGUCUCAAUGUCUGGCAAGCCAUGGUGACCGUCAUUGUCGGUAAUCUGCUUGUCGGUCUCAUCUGCGUGCUCUCGGGGAUGCCAGGGGCAAAAUGGCACAUCGGCUUCUCUAUUCUCCAGAAGUCGUCUUGGGGGAUGAUAGGAGGCUACUUUCCCCUCAUCAACAGGAUCGUCUUGAGCUUCAUUUGGUACUCCACCCAAGUAUGGUGGGGCGGUCAGUGUGUCAAGACGUUUCUUGCGGCGUUAUGGCCGAACUUCAACAAUCUCAACAGGCCGCUGGCGAACGGUACCAUGACCACGGCUGAUUUUACAGCGUUCAUAAUCUUUGCACUGCUCUGCCUUCCUCUGAUCCGAAUCAAGCCCGAAAAGUACAAGAUUCCUUUCGGUAUCGCCGCUAUAACUGUCAUCCCGACUGUCUUCAUCCUGCUCAUAUAUUAUCUGGUCAAAGCCAAAGGUGGCGGUUCUCUGCUUAAAAGCGUCAGUUCCGUCGCCGGAGUUGAACAGGCGGAGGGCACUCACCUGGCAUGGAUGCUCGUGCUGGGAAUCGUAUCUAACAUAGGCGCAAUCUGCACACAUAUCUUCUCGCAAUCAGAUUACACACGCUUCGCUCGAAAGCCACAGGAUCAGCUCGUCGCUCAACUAAUAAUGGUCCCACUUGGAACCAUUGUUGUAGCGCUCAUCGGUAUUAUCUGUGCAUCAUGCGCAGCCCAGCUCUACCCAGAGGAGAAAACGCUACUUUGGGAACCCUACCAGCUCUUCGCCGUUAUCCAAAAACACUCCAACAAUUCCUCUGGCUCACGCGCCGCUGUGGCUUUUGCCAGCCUCUCCUUUAUCUUCGCUCAGUUCGGCAUCGCCGUGGCGAACAACGCUCUUUGUAAUGGCAUAGAUCUCUCCGCGCUAGCUCCACGUUACUUCAACCUCGUUCGCGGUGGGAUGCUCACUGCGGCCUUUGCAUUUAUCAUGCAGCCGUGGCAGCUGAUGAAUGGCGCCAACAAGUUUUUGACGGUUAUGGGGGGCUAUGCAGUGUUUUUGGGCCCGAUGUCCGGCGUGAUGUACGCGGAUUAUUACAUUAUCAGGCUGAGGAGGUUGAAAUUGACGAGUUUGUAUGACCUCAGUUCGACCAGUGUAUAUUGGUAUACAUUUGGUAUUAAUUGGCGGGCACCGGUGAGCUGGGCCAUGGGAGUGUGGUUGCUAUUACCGGGCUUUGUCCAGAGGGUUAAAAACCCGAGCAUCGAGAUAGGAGCCUGGUCGAAGAUGUACUAUCUGGCUUGGCCUCUCGGAUGCGCCGUCUCCCUGGCCACCUAUGUGGCCCUAGACUUUUUCUGGCCUAUUCAGAGAAGUCGUGAAAUUGACGACGUGGAUUACUUCGGUACUUUUGAUGAAACGGCUACCGGUGUUCUUGAGGGAGACACAAGUUCAGUGGAAGGUCGUGAACGUGUGCUCGCUUCUGAGAAGGUGUAG